CUCCAUCACGUUCCGUCAAACUGAACGACUCCAACAAGUGGAUGUGGCCCCGUUUUGUAUGAUUUUUUAUACACGUAGAUGCGUUUGAUGUAUGAUAUGUUGUACUUGCGUGCUAUUUUAUGUGGAGAAUAGCCGCUUUCUUAUUGAAGUAGUAAACUCAGGCGGAGGAGCACAACUCGGCUUGAUCACCUAAUUAUAAUGGCGGAAAGCAAUUCAGCCCAGGGAGAAAAUCGCUCUUCUGUGAUUGUGCAGGAGAGAAUCACAAUUCCAAACAAGGAUGGAGAAAAAUUAGUAGGGCUCCUGGAUGAUACCGGCUCAAGAGAACUUAUUAUUAUUUGCCAUGGAUUUCGAUCAUGUAAGGAGAAUGAGACCUCAGCUAAUCUGGCAUCUGCAUUAAUUAAUAAUGGGAUUAGUGCCUUCCGCUUCGAUUUUUCUGGAAAUGGGGAAAGUGAAGGUGAAUUUUUUUAUGGAAAUUAUUGGAAGGAAGUUGAAGAUCUUCAUGCUGUAGUGUUGCAUUUCUUGGGAAAAGAGCGUAAAGUAAAUACCAUUAUUGGGCACAGUAAAGGAGGUGAUGUUGUGUUACUUUAUGCUUCCAAGUAUCACGAUAUUGUUGGGACUGUUAUCAAUAUUUGUGGACGAUAUGACCUGACAAAAGGUAUAGAGGAUCACUUGUGUGAAGGUUUCGAUCCUAAAGAUUUUGAGCAUAGGAUCAAUGAAGAUGGAUUCAUCGAUGUUACAAAUAAGCAGGGGAAUGUGGAAUACCGCCUUACAAAAGAGAGUUUGAUGGAUCGACUGCAAACAGAUAUGAAAUCAGCAGCACUUUCUAUUUCAAAAAGUUGCAGGGUCUUGACCAUCCAUGGCUCCAAGGAUGAGGUUAUUCCUGUUACGGAUGCCUUUGAAUUUGAUAAGCUUAUUCCAAAUCACUCUCUUCAUGUUAUAGAUGAAGCCAAUCAUGGUUACAGUUUCCAUCAAAAUGAUUUGGCAUCUGUUGUCCUAAACUUCAUAAAGGCUGUUUGAUAUAAUUUCAAAGCCAAUGUAGACCAGGCAGCAGCUUGUUCGAGAAUAUUAUGAUUCCUUCCAUAUGGUUUCUUUUCAAAUAUUUGAUUUUUUGUCUAUCUUUAAUAUAUGGAAAAUGUACAUUACUAUGAUAUUCAGAUGUUAGUAACGGACAGAUAGUGCCAUCUUAACUUGAUCUUUCCUGUAUCUUUGUGGGAAGUUACUCAACUGGUCACUGGAAAAGUUUUUGUUUCAUCAUGAAAUUUAAUACAUUGAUAUCUUUGUUAA